AUGGGCAAGAGGAAACAAGAAGAGAUAUGCACUCGUCAACAGCUUCGGAGCCCAUGGUGGCAAUACCUCUGUUCUACUCGAGGAAGCACCCCCUCGACAGUUGACACAGAUCUGGGAGACCUCUCAUACACGCUAUUCGCCCGUCGCAUGCACCACUCGAUGAGAAUUGCGGCCUGCGUGACAUCAGUGCCGCACGCGAUAAGCUGGUUGGAGUCGUCUCUCGAGGAAAUAGGGGAGAUUAAAUCCAUUUCAUCAACUAUCCCCCCUGUCGUGAUGAUGUUUACGGGUCAGGGAGCCUUUUACAAGUCAAUUGGGACCCAACUCUAUCGCGACAUGCCAUUCUAUCGAACUGAAGUCCAUCAACUGGAUUGUCUCGUCCAGCGACUGGGAUUCCCCUCUGUUGAGCCUUAUCUAUCUGGAUCAAGCCAACAUGAAGAGACCAACCCUUCAGCCAUCAUCACCCAACUCUCAAUCCUAGUAACCGAAAUUGCUCUCGGACGGCUUUGGAACUUGCUUGGCGUACACUCCAGCGCUGUCAUCGGCCAUAGCCUCGGUGAAUACGCUGCAUUUGUCAUGGCCGGGGUUCUAUCAACUGUGGACGCCAUCUUCCUCGUGGGUAUUCGAGCUUCACUCAUAGAAUCCAAGUGCAGCCCAAGUACCCAUGUCAUGCUCUCAGUACGAGCAAGCAUCAAGACUAUUGAGGAAACAUGUUCUGGUAUGGCUUACGAGCUUUCGUGCAUAAACGGCCCGCAGGAUGUAGUCAUCAGUGGGCAUAUUGAUCAUAUCGAGGGCAUCAAUAAGCGGCUACAACAGGAGAAUAUCAAGACUGUUGUACUUGAUAUUCCAUAUGCAUUCCACACGUCGCAGAUGGAUCCCAUUCUAGAUGAGUUUGAAGAGAAGGCACGACAUGUCACGUUCAAGCCCCCACAGCUCCCCGUCAUUUCACCGCUGCUUGGUGAAUGUGUUUUUGACGGUAAGACUAUCGGCGCCCAGUAUGUGCGUCGUGCAUCGCGCGAGCCAGUCAAGUUCGUCGAUGCCCUCGAUGCCGCCAGAGACCUUGGAGUCGCUGAUACCAAUGCUGUGUGGCUUGAAGUAGGGCCUCAUCCUAUUUGCAAUACUCUCGUUCGCAACUGGUCUCCAGGUACGGCCGUCUUUGCUUCUAUCCGAAGGAAGGAGGAUAACUGGACCACUAUGGGGGCCACCAUAGCUGCCUUAUAUCGACUAGGCGUGCGUAUCUCUCCCAAUGAGUGGUUCAAGCCGUUUGAAAAGACACACCAAAUGCUUCUUCUACCUUCCUACCGAUGGAAUGAAAAAAACUAUUGGAUUCCGUAUGUUGGCACUUGGACGCUAGACAAGGCGUAUCCCAAGAUACAGUCGCCUCAGGGUAAAGAAAGACCACUAAACUUGUCAUCAACGUUUCAAACGUCAUCCAUCCAAAAUAUUCUCCUGGACAAGGUGUAUACGGAGGAAGCCAAGGCUGAGGUCGAGACUCUUUCAGAUCUGAAGCAUCCUUCACUCUUCCCAUCCGUUGAAGGACACAAUAUGAACGGGUUUGGCGUUGCAACUAGUUCCAUUUGGGCCGACAUGGCAUUGACAGUUGGCGAAUACAUUUACAAGCGGCUUGUUCCUGACCACGACGGUGAGGUUGCCAUGAACAUUGUUGACAUGGAGGUACUCCAUGCCCAGGUCGUCUCAACAGACAAGUCAACACCACACCUCAUUCGAGUCAGGGCGGAAUGUCAGCUAGCCGACCCGACGACGACGACGGUGACUUGGCACCAUGUUGAGGCUAACGACACAGGCGCAGAUGCUCCGUUCGCAAGCUGUACCGUCCUCUAUGAAGAUCCUAAAACCUGGCAGCGGGAAUGGAGUCACGUCACGCAUCUUGUACAGUCACGUAUCGAUGAGCUGGACCGUCUUGCAGCAACCGGCGAAGGCGGGGCCAACCGUCUAAGUCGCAACAUGGCGUACAAGCUGUUCCGCAAUGUUGUUGACUACUCCGAGACCUACCGUGGUAUGCAGUCUGUCGUGAUGCAAGACUUUGAAGCUGUUGCCGAUGUGUCGCUCGGCGAUGCCUCCAGGAUUACAAAGGGCGGCAUCUGGCACUCGCCGCCACAUUGCAUCGACAGCAUCUUUCACGUCGGUGGCUUAGUACUCAACGGCAGUGACGCCUCAAACACACGGGAUUUCUUCUAUGUCACCCCCGGAUGGGGCAGUUGCCGGAUGUUGCGACGGUUCCGGGCUGGCGACAAGUUCCGCAGCUACGUUCGCAUGAGCCCUAUGGCCAGUGAGUGUGGCGGUAAAGAUGAGAACAACGCCUCGAAAAACAUGUUUGCCGGCGAUGUGUACGUUUUGCAGGAUGGGGAGGUAGUGGCCAUGUUGCGCACAAUGAAGUUCCGCCGCGUACCACGGACCCUAAUGGAUCGUUUCUUCAGUCUGUCUGCAGGCACAUCUGGAGCACCUACACAUGCUGGCAAGACUAUAACAACGACUGCAAUGGUCAAGCCCGAAUCGGCGGUUACUCAAGCCUCCAAGGGUGAUUCUUCAGUUGCAAAGCCCUUUGCUUCCGGGGCUCAGCCUAUGAAAGAGAUAACAAUCGCAGCACCAGCGGCGGAGGCGGCACCCGUGGUAUCCAAGAGCAGCCCUAGCGAUCCUGUCUCUGAAGGUAUUGUUUGCUCCUGCAUGAAACUCAUCAGCCGUGAGACUGGUCUCACUACAGACCAGCUCCAGGACGACGCCACGUUUGUGGAGCUAGGGGUCGACUCGCUCAUGUCGCUGGUGCUAUCCGAGAAGCUACGCGACGAGUUAUCGCUCGACAUAAAGAGUUCCUUAUUCCUAGAAUGUUCUGAUAUUAAGGCCCUCAAGGAAUGGCUGCUGGAGUACUACUGA